AUGCGCAGUCGGCCGCCUGGCUUCUGGAGAAGGUCCGAGUCCAUGUUGACGCUGCUGAUCGCCCUGCUCUUCCUAUGUCAAGGAGUGCAGGCGGCGGAAGCAUGGGCAUGCGACACUGUGCUGUUCGAUUCGAGCGAGCCACCACCUCUUCCCAACUGGAUACUCGGCGAUCAUCUGGAUAAUCAGCUGGAUAAUCAUCUGGAUAAUCAGCUGGAUAAUCAUCUGGCUAAUCAUCUGGCUAAUCAUCUGGACCGGCGAGAAGAUGCGACCUCCUUAGCAUCGCCCACAGCGAGUGGCAAUCUCCAAGUCGCCACCCAGACGGCAAUGGCAGCGCUGCCAACCCCUUUCGACUCCAGCUUGGGCAACAAUUUCACCUCCUCUACUUGUCCGACCUUCUUUCAGAAUUUCCUGCACGCCCAGGCCUUCAGAGACUGCCUGCCUCUGUCCUUGUUGUUGCAGGUACGUAAAGGCAACCCGACCAACCCGCGAAACACGCCCCAUCCUAACAUCAUCUUGUAGACCUCCAAUGGCUUCUUCGAGGCCUCUCGCUCAUUACUCAGCGUAACCCAAACCCUCGACGCAACCUGUAACGUCAACUUCGGCCAAUGUUCCGCUCUCAUGUCCACCCUCGCUCAACAAGUCCUUCUCCCAACCACCUGCGGCGAGGACCUACAAAUGCUCAAUCCACUCGUCACGCAAGCGCGAAACGGCUUCUUAGCCUAUGCCUCCCUCUAUCAUGCCGGAUGCCUUACAGACUCAGAUGGCAAUUACUGCUACGCCAACGCCGUCACGAACGUCUCCGCACCCACCAGCAGCUACAUCUACUACCUCCCGCUCGGCGUGCAACUCCCGGGCGGUGCACGACCGGCUUGCAACGAAUGCCUGCGGAACACCAUGGCCAUAUUCGCAGAUCAGGCAGCGAACUCCUCCCAGCCGCUGAGCAAAGACUACACCAGCGCUGCACAGCAAGUGCAGAUGAACUGCGGGCCUACAUUCGUCGAGACGGUGGCACAACACGUCGGUGCCGCCUCAUUACCCAGCUCUCCUGGCUUGUACCUGACACUACCGGUGAUGCUACUCGCUUAUCUCAUCUGA